AUGGCCGAAUCACCUUCGCCUCCUUCGUGGAGCAUCAGCAACAUGGCGAACAGUGCUGCGCAAUUCAUGCGACUGCCAGUCCUGGCAUCAUCUGGUCUGGCAGUCGUGGCAAGCGGGCUCCUCUACUUCAAGCAGAAUGAACUGAUCUACCCCCGGAACGUCCCUGUGGAUGCACGAACAAAUGUCCCAAGUCCUCGUCAAUUCGGUAUCACCGACUUUGAGGAUCUCCAGAUCCCCACACCCGACGGAGAGUCGCUUCAUGCUCUCUUCCUGCGCCAACGACCCGGUCGGUUCUCUCGCAAUUUGACUGUCUUGAUGUUCCACGGAAAUGCGGGCAAUAUAGGCCAUCGUGUUCCUAUUGCCAAGGCUGUCCAGGAUACUCUCCAAUGUAACGUGUUCAUGCUGGAAUAUCGUGGGUAUGGAAUAUCAACUGGCGUGCCGGACGAGGCAGGACUGAAGAUCGAUGCGCAGACUGGCCUAGACUAUCUGCGACACCGCCCAGAGACCAGAGAUACAAAGAUUAUUGUCUACGGGCAAAGUCUUGGUGGUGCCGUGGCUAUCAACCUGGUUGCCAGUAACCAGGAGCCCGGUGAUAUUGGAGGAUUGAUCCUGGAAAAUACCUUCCUGAGUAUCCGCAAGCUGAUUCCAAAUGUCUUCCCUCCUGCGCGAUAUCUCGCGCGUUUCUGCCAUCAAUAUUGGAACAGUGAGCAGAUCUUGCCUAAGAUUACCCAUACACCUAUUCUUUUCUUGAGUGGUCUUAAGGAUGAGCUUGUUCCACCAUCGAACAUGGCCCAAUUAUUCGCUGUUUGCAACUCCGAGACCAAGAUCUGGCGCACACUCCCGGGCGGUGGUCACAAUGAUUCCGUCGCCGAGCCUGGAUACUUUGAUCACAUCCAUUCCUUCAUUACUGAGGAAGUGCUAGCCAACAAGGAGUGA